UAUAGAUUUUUCAAAAUCCAACAAAAACUCAAAAAUUUUCAGAGGAUGCGCAGAAUGCACCUGGUAUUUUAUUUUAAUGGCCAAAACUAUUCUAUCUAUCAGGAACUAUAGAGCUAUUGAAAAUAAAAUUAAAACUUUCCAUAAUUAAUGAGUUUCCACAAAAUAAUACAUCAGCUUCACAUACAUUUAUUGGAUUUAAUCUCAUCUCUAGUCUGUCACGCCAUGUUUAAUUAAUAUUGAUGAGCCUAAUGUUAAUUUGAUCCUUUUUUCUUUUUAUCUUUCUUUUAUCAUCACGUGUGAUAUCGCAUGUUUUGAUUUGUGUCUGUUCGUGCUAAAACCGAAAUAUUCCAAAGAUCACGAAUCCAUUAAGAGAAGGAGGAACGAUAUAUAAAAUUUGUGAUUUUUAAUUUAUUAUCGUCUCUUCUUCCUAGCAACUCUGUAAGCAAGAAAGUGAGAUGAUGGGUUACUUCUGCGUAAUUUUAUUACUGAUGUGCGGGCUAAUUCAAUUUACUACGCAAAUGCACUUUCCUACAACAACUAUACCAAAAGGUACCUGCAAAUUUGGACCCAAAACUUUGGGCGUAGGUUACCACACGGCUCGGCCAUGCAUGAGGAUGAUUUGUAGACCGGAUGGUAAAAUAGUUAUGGUCGCAUGUCCCAGACGCACUUGCCCUUACGGUCAAACACUUAUUACUUUUACGCGUGAGGAUAACAGCCAACCUUUUCCAGUUUGCUGUCAACUACCUGUUUGUAGAUAUUUAGAUCCCGACGACUACUAACCAUGUUUUGUCACAAAUAAGAUACGUAACGAGACAUUUACUACCUGGAAGUAUUGCUAUAAAUAAAUAACGUCGUUCACAAA